AUGCUGAACAGACUGAAAGCAAUCGUGGCAAAGCCACCGACGUCGAACAAGAAGUUCCAUCGGAACACGGAAGACGUUCUGAAAUCUCUGGGACGAAAACAAAAAGUCAAGGAGGAGAAUGCGUUCCCUUUCCAACGGCAUUUUGUUUCCUCCGAAGAAGAAGAAGAAGAAGAAGAAGAAGAAGAAGAAGAAGAAGAAGAAGAAGAAGAAGAAGAAGAAGAAGAAGAGGAAGAAGGAGGAGAAGGAAACAAAACGAAAGCGACGAAAAGAAGCAGAAGAAAAAUUGUUUUACAAAACGGGGACGUGUACGAGGGAAAGUGGAACGAGACGAGCAAUGUGCCGGUUGCAGAUGAGACGAGCACGUACACUUGGAAGAACGGAGACGCGUUUAUGGGGAACUGUACGCAAAUACUCCAAGGCAAAAAGAGACCGGACUCUGGAAUAAUCACGUAUAAAAAGGACGGGACGAUUUAUGAAUACUAUCGGAAAGGGUACGGGAAGUUAGUCAGAGCCGAUGGGAGCAGCUACAUUGGCAACUUUAACGAGCGAGGAGAGUUUUCGGGAUUCGGUAAGUUUACGUCGGCGCCUCAAAAGACAACGAAAGAUGCUUCUGCUUCUGCUUCGCGUGAAGCGUGCGCGCAGCACGAAGGCCUCUACCGCGAAGGAAAACCAAACGGGCCGGGUCAAUUUCGGUUUGCGAACGGUGACAUGUACCAAGGCGAAUUUGUUGAUGGAUUUUUUCACGGUUGGGGAACGAUUGUUUUCAACGAAAUGGGAGACAGAUACGACGGUGAAUUUUCUCGAGGAGCGUUCAAUGAGAACGGCGUGUACACCUGGAAAAACGGAAAUUGUUACGUCGGAAAAUGGAAGAACAAUAAAAUGCACGGGCCUGGUGCCUUCUCAGAUGGCGAAGAAGUUUUUAUUUUGUGCGAAUAUAACAACGGUAAACGAAUCAGAGAGGAAAAGAAAGGGGAGUUACCGGAAGCGCUCAAGCAGCACAGAAAACGAAUGCAAGACUCGUUGAAACAACACAACGCUCAGUCGAUAAAGUUACAAUCGAGUUCAUCGAUGAAGAUUUCAAAGAUGUACAAAGAGUUUGGUGAAGCAAAUCUCUUCAAAAAAAUGUUCUCUUCGAGGUCACAAUCGGUGCGAAGAGUGAAAGCCGGAGGACAGACUAUUUUCAAAGGUCACCGCAGUUACGAAUUAAUGACGCAGCUGCAAUUAGGGGUCGUCUGGUCAAUUUCAUACAAGAAUAAAACAACAGCAGCAGUGUUAACUGCGGAUGAUAACAGGAAUAGCAUGGACGAAAACGAUACCGCUAACGAGGAUUACGAACCUCUCACGGUGACAGAUUUUGAUACGUAUCUCAAAGUUCGAUUUCCUCGAAUUGGUUCUGAAAUCACACCACCGCACUCCUCGUCGGAUUUUAAAUGGAAACUGUAUUCCCCAGAGGUGUUUAAAAGGUUGCGAAGAGACUGGGGCGUCGAUGAAUCCGAGUUUAUGCUCUCCAUCUGCGGCGAACAAGCGUUGAAAGAGAUGAAUUCUGCCGGUAAGUCUGGCUCAAUUUUCUUUGCCUCAACCGACGAGCGUUACAUCAUUAAAACUAUGCGGAAAGUCGAGAUGAAGGCUUUGUUGAAAAUGUUGCCAAAGUAUUACAGACACAUGCAAGAAAACGAAGACUCUUUGUUGACAAAGUUCUUUGGCGUCUUCUCGGUGAAACCGAGUCAAGGGAAGAAGGUUCGAUUUAUUGUCAUGGCGAACUUGUUUUGCGAUUCUCUGGAAAUUCACGACACGUAUGAUUUGAAAGGCUCCACUUUAGGGAGGUUCACAUCUAUAGAAAAGAGAAUGAAAGCAAAUUCGUUGGAAUCGACGACGGAGUCUGGAGUUAUCUUGAAAGACUUGGAUUUAGGAUUCAAAUUUAGGCUGGAGAAAUCGAAGAGAGACUUGUUCAUUCGCCAAGUUUCGCUCGAUCUGAAGCUAUUAGAAGAACUGAACAUUAUGGAUUAUUCCUUGUUAGUCGGUGUGCAUUACACGAAUACUAAAGACCGAAAGUCGAAAACUGGAUCUAUGCUUUCAGAUUCUCAGUUAUCGAGUGCAGGAGUAGACACUGAAAUGCCAGGAAACCACUCGCAUACAGAGACCGAUGGUGAUUACGAUGACGACGUUUCCACCCUUGUGAAAAAUAGAAAUAACGAAAGGACGAGUUUUGAGAGUAGCGAUAUGUAUGACAUCGAUGACGACGAUGAGGACGCCGAGAAUGGGGACGAAUCCAAUCCGAAUAGAAAAAAAAGUGAAUACGCUUGGGCGCUAAACAUAUACAAACAGCUGUCGAAAAAUUUUGGCGCUUUCGAAACGGUCGCAGCGACGUCCACGAAACCUUUAGUUUUCAAAUACAUCAACCAUGGAGGCAGGAGAAACGAAGAGAAAAGACCGUGGAAAGGAGCAGACGAACAAAUAGCCCAAGUCGUAGGGGAUCGCGUGACGCAGUUUUCCUCAAACAGUUUGCCGAAACAGCUCGCCGCGGUGUGUGUUCCCGGUCGGUCGUUUAAAUCACUUUCGGAGAAAGAUAUGAAAGUGUUGCACGAAGAACCGAGUGUACGAGAUGCGAUUUUGAACCUGGGCAUCAUAGAUAUUUUGCAAGUGUAUUCGGCGCCCAAAAAAUUAGAGAGAGGCUUUAAAGGUGCAGUAUAUAAAGCGACUAGCAUUAGUGUUGCGGCACCAAAAGCGUACGCGAAGAGGUUCAAGGAUUUUAUGCGUAACAUAUUCGAGUAG